UCUGUCUGUCUGUCUGUCUGUCUGUCUGUCUGUCUGUCUGUCUGUCUGUCUGUCUGUCUGUCUGUCUGUCUGUCUGUCUGUCUGUCUGUCUGUCUGUCUGUCUGUCUGUCUGUCUGUCUGUCUGUCUGUCUGUCUGUCUGUCUGUCUGUCUGUCUGUACAUCACUGAGCUCCUUGGUAGGGAUAAGUAUGUAUCCUGCUCUGUGGUUCUACCUGCCCUGUGCCACCUCCAGCAUGCGAUGAAGAUCUCAGAUGAUGAUCCUGCCUAUAUUGUGCGAUUCAAGGCUGCCUUCACCACGGACCUCAACCAGCGGAGGGAGAAAAUAAACCUGGAAUGGCUUAAGGUGGCGACUGCUCUAGAUCCACGUUUUAAGGACCUCAAGUGCUUGCCCAGAGCAGAGAGGGAGCCAGUGUGGGCAAAGCUAAGGGAGUUGGUGAAGGGAGAAGAACCUGCUCUGCAGCCACUCGGGGAGGAGAACCCUGAGCCACCCAAGAAGAAAACAGCCCUGCUAGUGAUGGAUUCAGACUCAGAAUCAGAGGAGGAGACACCAGAAGACAAUACUGUGGAGAGGUACAAGGUAGAGCCCAGUGCCAGCUUAGAUCAGUGUCCACUGAAGUGGUGGUCGGAGCACACUGCUGUCUAUGGUAAGAUUGCCCACAUUGCCCGUAGAUACUUGGGGACUCCUGCCACAACUGUUCCAUGCGAGAGACUUUUUUCUUUAGCAGGCCAUAUUGUGCAGAAGAGGAGAUCUAGCUUGUCACCAGAAACUGUGAACAAGCUGGUCUGCCUGAGUGACUGGUGGAAGAAGAAGAAAUAGAUUCUCAUGUUCUCAACUUCAUCAUGACCUGUCAUGUAGGCCUA